AUGAUGAUGGACUGUGAAAAUUCGACUGGAGAGAUCUACAGCGCCUUGGAUCAGUUGGUAAGACAGCACUACUGUUUAGAAGUAUUUUCCGCCGGAAUUUGCUAAAAAUGAAAUUGUCAUCGUUUUUAUGAACUUCAUUAGAUUUUUUUACAAAAAAAAUCAAGAGAGCCCCAUUUCUAGUCCUGCAAAACAUGCCCUGAGGAAUUUGCGGAGUUCGCUCAAACGCUUUCCAUGUCCAAUGUCGCCCUUUCGACCGGACUGUCCGACCCGGAGAUGGAUAUUGUACUCGAAAAUCAGGACAAAUUGGGGAGAAAAGUGAUGGCACAGAUGGAUGAGGGCCAAACCGAGGAUGAAACGGCUCCAGAGCUUGCAAUUGCCGUCUAUUGCGACGGUCAAAAGUUGUUCUAUGAUGAGAAUUCGGUUACGGAGAACGGAUUCAGCUUCUUUUUCAAGGAUUUGUACCUGAAAUUCAAGUAAGAUUUGCUUCAAAACUUUUUUAAUGCAGUGUAAACUGUUGCAGGACCGAUUCGACGGACGUUCUAGAGCUCCGAACCGAUCAUCCAACUCCAUACAUGGAGUGGAAAGUUGUGGCGCAGGUCCGAAUCUCAGCCAGCGAUGGAACUCAAAAGUUCAAUCUGGUGGAUGGAGAUGUGUUUGGUCUGGGGAAGUACGACUCUCCAAUUUAUUUGGAGUUAGAUCACUCCAAGGGAGAAGUCAAGGGUCUCAAGGUGGAUAUGAGGCUGAUUUCAUAUGUGAGUUGAGCCUAUUUUACUCAGAUUAAAUUUUCUGUAGAAUGGUUGUUUUUAAUGAAAUAAAACCGGCCGAUGGCUACAACUUGAUCUCAAGAUUUCUGUGAGACAUUUUAGAGCAUUACUAGCCAUUUUUUGGGGCAUGGAGGCAUUUCUGGCUAAAGAGGAAGACUUGACCCACAACGAGUCAAGUCUCCCCUUCAUAGCAGCGGAGCUGCAAAGACCGUUAUUUUCACUUGCUAGUCCUUCAAAGGCUUUUAGCUGCGUACUUGCCUAGUAAAAAUUCAACCUCCGAGGAAGAUUUGGCCCAAAAUGGGUCAAGUGUUCCUCUAAGACCAAAAAGUAUAUAUACAGGGGUGGUCAGUGGGCCGCUCAAAAAUGGAAAAUUACAAACGGGCCGGGCCCGUCACGGGCCGGGCCGCGGGCCUGGGGUUUUUUCCGGCCCGGCCCGUCUAAAUUACAAUGCCAAACCGUUGGCAUUCAUUGUUUUCGCGCCGGGAAAAUUAAUUGAUGUUGUUAUAGUUGCUGUUUCUCAAGUUCUAAAACGUUUACAAGUCUAUAGUUCCAUUAUAAAACCACAAAACUAUCACAUUGAUCCUUUACUAGCUAUAUCAACGCCUUUUUUUGCCUAAGUUUAGAUCCCAGGCUUGGGCGCAGUUCGCAAAACCCUCUAUAAACGGGCCUGCACGGGCCGGGCCAGGAAAAAGACUAGACGGGCCGGGCCGGUAAUUAGACGGGCCGGGCCGCGGGCCGAAAAUCGGAAAAAUAGGGUCCGCUGACCACCCCUGUGUAUAUAUUAUUUGCAAAAAUAUGACUUGCAAUAUUACAUUUCCAGUCCUUCGACAAGGUCAACCCUUCACUUUUCAAAGACACGGAUGUUACAAUCACUUUCAACGACGGCUUUGAUGACUUCUAUACGUACGGCAACCUACUCCAACUGCAUUCCCAUGUGCUUGGAAACAUGGUCAAACACCCUCAUCUAUUGGACGUUUAUGGUCACCCAGUUAUUCAGCUGACUCCAGAAGACCGAGAAAUGGUCACCGAGUUGUUGGUGCAUCUCUACCCCAAUUCGCGUCCGAUUUAUCCGAGAUUUCGAACGCUUUGCCGCGCUGCAUGGAAGUUCGAAUGCUCUGCGGUCAAGUUCAGGAUUGGAGAGUGGUUCGUCAAACAUAUUUCGGUGAGAUUUGAAGAUUUAAGUCAAGAUUUUAUGUUUUUACUACUACUGUAAUUACAGUAAUACUUUAUAAUUUUGAUGCCACUAUAAUAAUGUUUUCUCUCCAGUCGCACAAAUCGACCCUUCUCGAGAAGAUUCAGGAGGCUCUAAAGCUGGGAAUCGGCGAUGUGGUGAUCCCUCGACUUGUUUUUGACGCCGUCAAGAAUGGAGAAUGGGCCAAGCUGAUUGGCCAAGUCGGCGAACCAAAGCAGUUGUUCCCAGCGGACGUCUACGACGAGAUUAUUGCACCAGCCUGCCUCUACGCUCGAAAACACAAAUCGUUCGCCUGGCCCAAGGCCUCGGACCUCGUCCAAAGGUAAGUUUUGCCAUGGAUAACAUAAAAUUUUUGGAAAAUUUUAAAAUCUCUCUCCAAAUUAUAUUUAUAAUAGUUUCAAAGAUAACUGUAAGAAUUACUGUGUCAUAAGGCUCGUUUCAGACCCAAGGAUGACAGCGAUCCGUCAGUGGUUCGUCUUGUGUAUAGUGGAGUCACUGUCCUUGCUCAUCGCGGACUCCUCCAAGCCCAUAAUAUGUCUCGAUUUGGCGUCAGUGCUGCGACGGAUCGAAAAGGUAAUUAAUUUUGAGGCAUUCGAGUCGCUCAUUACAUUUCACAACAAUUAAUCCCAAUUGAAAAGCGCUUUUUUAGCUAAUCGUCUCAAUUAUUGAUUGAAAUUUUUGAACACUUCGUUACAAAAAGACGGUCCAACAAAUAUUAUCACCUCUCACUUUUGAGGACAUCGGCGGAUUGGUUGAAUAGUAAAUAAGAAGGAGGGAAUAGAGCUCUAUCUGCACCACCUAAAAUAAUUUCUGCAGUUUUUACCGUUUGCAAGAUAUAGCCACCUUAAGUAUUCAACAAUUGCAAUCUUUCCCGCGAUCUAACCGACUUAUAAUAACGAAAAAUCGCAUGAAACUUGGAAGUCAACAUUGACACAUUCUUAUCAAACAGCAUGCAAAAAAUCGCGGCACAUUUACUACUCGGCUGAGGAGUUAUACAUCAAUUUUUCCCCAUAACAAAAGUCAGUUCCCGGCUUUUUGGCACUUUUUGGCAUUCUGCAAAUGGGAAAAAUAAAUAUAAAAAAGUCAUGAAGAUUUAUAUAUUUUAUCAAUUAUAGUGUCUUUAUGUGUUAAUUUAGACUUUGAUGGCUCAUCCCCAUGUCAUUUGUCAACUUGCCGACGUCUGAGGGAACUUUCGGCUAGGAAACGGGACUUGGAAGGCGAUAAAAUGGUUUUUAUAAAAAAAAUUUUUCUUUGCAAAUUCUUUAUUUUGCAGAAUGCCAAACUCCCUUCCAUUUUCGUGGUGAGACAAAAGACUGCAAGCGAGAUUAAUUGUUGUGUUUAUUUCGACAGCCCGGGAAACUUUCUUGGAUAGGGAAAGGUUUGACCCAUCUAGGUCAAGUCUUACUCUCUAGAAGAAACACGCAAUGUUGCGUGGAUUUCUGUUGCGUAACGUGUUGUAGAACGCGUCCUAGGGCUUGGAACCUUUCUGAACCAGAAUUGUUGCUUUUGGUUAAACAUUAUUUACCUCUUGUCAUGUAUAAUAUAAAAUUUCUCCGAUUCUUUCAGAGUACUAUCCAAUCUUCAGUGUGGAAACUCGUGAGUAUCUGAACAACCUCCAGAUUGAUCUUCAUCACUUUCUCGAUGAGUUCGUGGACUUUGUGUACUACAAUAAGCCGAUUUGUGAGACUUGUAUCCGGCCGAUGUUGAUCUUCGCCCACGACAAUGAAUUGGCCUAUUUGAAGGGUGAAAUGGAAGAAGUAAGUUGCGUUUUCAUUUAUUAAAUUGUUUCGGUUUUUAGGCCAUUGCUUCGCAGCCACCAAUCUCCACAAAUAUCAUGAGAGAGCAUCUUACUUUAGCCUCCAAGUACGGGCUCGACAAUUUGUUGCGGACGACGUUGGUUAGAGCUGAAGGACAUUACAUUGCGGUGGCUCAGGCCUUGGUGGGACAGUCUGGAAUCGUCAAUGAGCUGACGAUUCCAACCAUGAGAAAGUUGGCUGAUCGAUUGUGCACUGGAUGGUCUUUAAUUAAUCGGAAAAUGGCCGAAAGGUAAUUAUUUUUGUUUUAGGUAUUAUUUUAGAAGAUUAUAGAGAAUAUAGGUUGUGAUUGACGUCGUGGAGAAGGAUUUUAUGAAAUUUCUAUGGCUUUACCAGCGCAAUUUAAGUUUUGUUUGAAUCUCUAAUAUUAUUUUUGGUCGUAUUGUAGGAAAUUCUUUUAGCAUAGAACAAUUAGACAUCUGAAAGCUUUUUCUUGACAAAUUACAUGUUUUAAAUUCUCGCUUCAUAAAUUUUUGUCACCUUCCUUCAACGUUUGGCACUUUUUACCUUGUCGUCAUGAUUACUAUAACAAGCUCGUUUAGAACGCCCACGACAAGAAAUGUUCGCAGAAUUUUCCUCGACGAAGGAGGCCCAGUGGUCCCAACUGCUAAUCCAAUCCUUGAAUCAUUCUAUGGCCUCAAUUCGGAUGAUGCGUAUGGAGAUGCAAAUUGA